UCUUUCCAUUCCAUUCCUUUUCUUUUCUUCUCUUUUCUUUUCCCUUGCUUCUUCCACAGUCAUUCCAUCUCUUUCCAUAUCUCAUUCUUAUUACGUUCUGAACCAAAUCGUUCGUAUUUCGCACUCUCUGCAACAACGGUAUCAUCAUGCAAACAGAAAAUCACAAAAUGCCGAAGAAAUCGAUCGGAAAAUUAAUGCGAAGAAGGCUUUCGGAUAUCACAAAUUCUUCUCAUUCUCAACAAGAAAACAAUAACAAUGCACUCACUAUUGAUAAUAAUUGCAUUCAACAAUUGCUAAAGGAAAGAGCGAAUUUGAUCAACCUCCUUGCAGACAGAAAUAAAAUGAUAGAAAGGAGUGGAGCUGAAUUGCAGAGACUGAGAAGUGAUAUGAAGAAGCUUCAAAUGCAAAACUGGAAUCUUGCUCAGUCUAAUAGUCUCAUGUUAGCAGAACUUAACUUGGGGAGGGAUAAGAUAAAAACACUGCAACAUGAGAUUUUGUGGAGGGCUGCUUUGAUUAAUGGAAAGGCCUUCGAGAUACAGGAAAAAGAGGAGAUUGACUCUGAGAAGAAUGCGUCGUUGUCACAGUUACAGGAAGGAGAUGAGAAAGAAGUACUGCAGUCCCCUAGAACUAGCAAUGACGAAAAACAAUGUUGUUUGACCAGGAGACGCAUAAGGAGUAAAUCGACCUGUUCUUCUAACGUUGCCACAAAAAAUACAAGCAAAGAAAAGGGUAAAGACAGAAGACGUAUGAGGAGACAUUCUGCUACGUCAAAAGUCCAUGAACUCGAACCUUUAGAAAAUUUAUUUGAGAUAGAGGAUGCUCAAUACGCUAUCACUCAAUCUGGAUCUUCUAUCAAACUGAAUACAUCCUCUGUAAAAACUGAAAGAGGAGUAAGUUCUGAUUUAAGAAAGGAACCUCCAAGGCAUUCUUUUGGAAGACCCCUACGAAGGGCAGCUGAGAAGGUUCCAUCUUACAAAGAGAUUCCUCUAAAUGUCAAGAUGAGAAGGCUAGCAUAAACCAAUGUUGUAACUUCAGUCAUUUCUCAUUUUGUUAUAACCUAUGUUGUAACUUAUGUCUUUUGUUUUUGUUAAGAUUUCAUUCAUGUAGUUUUUAUACACCUUUUUUAUGAAAUGAAAAUAGUGGACACUUUCGAUAAGUAUUAUUUUUCAUGGUUUGUUUAUGUUAUUUUAAUCUGCAAUUAUGUGUUCUUUUUAUAUUCAUUCA